GCAAUCACACACAACGCCCCAAACACACCCAUUUCAGUGUAGUAAUCAGUGUAGCUCCACUUCCUGCUUCACUGUGAUCUCACUGUUUGGCAGCAGUACAACUCUCCUAAGAUGAGUUAUCCUGGAUACCCCUCUGGACCUGGUGGUUACCCACCCCAGGGUGGCGGUUACCCCCCUCAGCAGGGCAUGUACCCUCCCCAAGCCGGAGGAUACCCUCCACAGGCCGGUGGUUACCCUCCCCAGCCCGGGUACCCUCCAGCAGCAGGGGGUUACCCACAACAGCCCGGUGGCUAUCCCGCCCAGCCCGGGGGAUUCCCAGGGUACCCUCCCCAGGGUGGGGGGUAUCCACAGGGCCAACCUGGAGGCUAUCCAGGCAUGCCUCCUGCAGGUGGAUGGGCAGGCCAGCCUGGCUAUGGGAUGCCAGGAGGAGGGAUGCCCCAGGGUUACCCCGGUGGUCCGGCACCAGGCCAGCAGCCCAUGCCAGCUUACCCAGGGGCCGCUCCUGUCCCCAACCCCUCCAUGCCCACCAUGCCUGGAUAUGGAGGCGGAGCUCCGGCUGGACCUGGUGUACCUACAGGACCUGCAAUACCUGCUGUUAAUCGAGGUUUUCGAGGCACCAUAAAGGAUUAUCCUGGUGCUGACCCCCUCAGAGACGUGGAGGUUCUCCGCAAAGCCAUGAAGGGAUUUGGCACUGAUGAGAAUGCGAUCAUCGAGCUGUUGGGGAACCGUUCCGGUAAGCAGCGUGCGCCAUUGGUCAGAGCUUAUAAGACCACUUACGGCAAGGAUCUUAUCAGUGACCUGAAGUCAGAGUUGACUGGGAAUUUUGAGGCGCUGGUUCUGGCCAUGGUGAAGGGUCCAGCUGAGUAUGAUGCCUAUGAGCUGCAUAGCUCUAUAGCAGGUGCAGGGACAGACGAAGCCUGUCUGAUUGAGAUUCUGUCAUCUCGGAGCAACGCUGAGAUCCGGGAGAUCAACCAGAUUUAUAAAACAGAGUACAAGAAAACACUGGAGGACGCCAUCCAGCAUGACACUUCAGGUCAUUUCCGCAGACUGCUGGUUUCUCUCUGCCAGGGUAACCGUGAUGAGAGAGAGACUGUGGAUGUUGCGUUGGCCAAGCAGGACGCCCAGAAACUGUAUGCUGCGGGAGAGAAUAAAUUGGGAACAGAUGAGUCUCAGUUUAAUGCCAUCCUGUGUGCCCGCAGUAAGCCACACCUCAGACAAGUUUUCCAAGAGUACCAGCAGAUGUGUGGGAAGGACAUAGAGAAGAGUAUCUGCAGGGAGAUGUCUGGAGAUCUGGAGAGGGGUCUGCUGGCUGUGGUGAAGUGUCUUAAGAACACACCUGGCUACUUUGCUGAGAGACUCAACAAGGCCAUGAAGGGUGCAGGCACUAAGGACCGCACGCUGAUCCGUAUCAUGGUGACUCGCUCUGAUGUGGACAUGCUGGACAUCAGGCAGGAGUACAUACGUAACUUUGGAAAAUCUCUCUACACAGAUAUAUCUAGUGAUACUUCAGGAGACUAUAAGAAGCUGCUGCUGAAGCUGUGUGGAGGAAGUGACUGAGAGAGUGAGGAAGGAAGUCAGACCAUCAGAUGCCUGCCAAUCAUCCUCUCACCCACAUAUCCAUGGGCCGCAUUAGCUUUAGCUGCACUGGUGCCAAAUUAGCAUGGGCAUUAGCGUCCUAUUACCAUAGUGGCCCUUAAUUUUUUGUUAGCAUAACAAUGCAUGAAUAUAGAUAUAGGUAAAUAUAUGUAGAUUUAUAUACAGAUAUUGCAGAAAUUAUAUAUAUAUACACACACAGUGGUGCAUGUAUGCGUAUUUUGCAUUUUUAUAUUUCUAUCCAGUUAGAUCAGCUUGUAACCAAAAAUGGACCAUUUUACGUAUGCAAUCAACCUUUUUAAUUGCUUUAUCAAACUUAGAGGACAUUCAUAUGAGUUUUUUAAGACAUAAAAAUAUGUAUCAUUUUGCAUUUGUUUAACUAUCUGUUCAUUCCUGCUGUCUGUACACUUGCUGGCCAAUUUAUUGGAAACCCUUUCUUUUGUACUUUCAACACUCUCUGGUGACUUUAUUAGAAACCCCUGCCUUGAGUUUCAUCUCACUGGCCACUUUAUUAGAAACACCAACUAUGGACCAUCACUUUUUAUCAUCUUACCAGUUUAUAGAAAAGCAUUGUAAGUUCUGUCGACUCGGUGGCCACUUUAUUGGAAACCCAUACCUUAAACUACCACUUUCUGGCCACUUUAACGGAAACCAGUACCUUAUUAUACCACUCACUGGCCACUUUAUUGGAAACCCCUACCUUAGGCUACCACUUCCUGGCCACUUUAUCGUAAACCCGUAGCUUAUUAUACCAAUCACCGGCCACUUUAUUAGAAACACCAAGUACGUACUAUCAAAUCUUAUCAUAUCAAGAGUUCAUAUAAAAGCCUUGUAUAGUUUGUCGACUCGCUGGCCACUUUAUUGGAAACCCCUGCCUUCAGUUCCUCUCACUGGCCGCUUUAUUAGAAACACCUACUAUGUACUAUCACUGUUUAUCAUCUUAGUAGUUCAUAGAACAGCCUUGUAUUGUGUUUUGACUUACUGGCCACUUUAUUGGAAACCCCUGCUUUUUUUUUUUUUGUCCCACCAAUUGGCCACUUUAUUGAUAACCCCUACUUUAUGCUACCACUUACGGGCCACUUUAUUGGAAACCUCUUGAUUGUAAGAGCUUUUCUUUUUUUCACUUUAUUAGAACCAUUUAGCAUGUACUAUCACUCACUGGCCACUUUAUUGUAAACACCUAUCUUGUACCUCUGCUCACUGGCCACUUUAUUGGAAACCCUUCGAUUCAUUUUUUUUACAAGACCAGACCAUCCAAAGCCUUUGAUAAUGGCACUGUGCCAGCAUGUCUCUUUGUUCAUAUUUCCAUUUUAUUCUGCAUUCAUUCCACUAAUUGAUUUCUAAUUAAUAACACUGAUUAAUAUUUUGAUACUGGUUUCAGACUUGCUUAUUCUUCUUUUCCUAAGUGAACUGCUGGGGUGUAGCUGGUUUGUCCAAUAGAGGGCAGCCCAGCUUCUCUGUUCCCAGGCCCGUCUCAUUCUCAGUCUCAGGGCUGUAAUAACCACUGUGUGCGCCCCCUGCUGGUGUAGUUCUGUACUCUGCUCUGCACACUGUUAACUUAAAGCAGCGGGUUGUGUACUAAUUCUGUGUGUGUGUGUGUGUAUGUGUGUGUUCUUUCACCUGGCUCUGAUGAAGAAGAGUUUCGAGAGUGAGGAAGAAUAAAACCUCUUCGCUCUUAAA